AGGGGGAAAUACAACUUCCGUUUAAUCCUGGGACGAACUAGUGUCUACAGACUAAGUUUAUACUGGUUUCAACACUUGAAUAAGUAUGUAGACAUGAAGAAGAGAACUGUUAGUGGCAAUGAGACGUCGUCAAGACAGUUACAUCGCCGUCAAACUAGGUCAAAUGCUAAUUCUAAACAGACACAUGUCGAACACGACCAGGACAAACGUCACAAAGUUCGACUAGCCGACAUACAGGAAUCGCCAACUAAGAAGUCACCCGAAACAAAUUCGUCUUAUAGACCGGAUAAUUUAAAAGAGGAUGCAAGAUUUGAAACACCAAAGUCAAACAGGAGCUCUUACUUACAAGAUAGCACCCCAUUUAAGGAUGACUUUCUAUUGGCAUCCCAAGGUUACGACACACAGUGUGAUGUGAGAUGGGAUUGUACAUCACCUGAUGCUCUCAGAUAUAUUCGAAAGAACAGGCGACGCCAUCACUCCAGUGAUGUGGCAGACAUUGUCCAGCUUCUUAUUCCAGAGGAGCCGCAGAAGGAGGAUGCAGGUCCAUCUGCAAACACACCACCCCUACUUGGAUUGUGGAUGAAUUCAUCAAGUCAAUCCACACUCGCUGGCAAAGAGGACACGUCUGGUCGUAGUACAUUCCAGGUGCACUGCAGCAAGCUUGUCCGGUUCAGGAAGAAGGAGAGGGCACGUUCAAAUGCUAGUCGGGAUGUAAAGAUGCCAUCAGAACUGUUAGAAAAGCUGAAACUGGCCGUAGAAAGAUGUAAUGAGGGACAUUCAGAGACAACGGAAAUGACCAUAGAAAAUGUGGGGGAAACAAAAAAGGAAGGUUUUGAUCAAUCAAAGGAUUUGUUUGCAAGUGCUGAAGCAGCCAGGUCUGUGUUCAGAAGGACUGACACCUCACCAGUUCCUCAAAAUGCCAAAAAAGCUGAGUGUCAGGAUGGAGAUCAUGAUCUGGAUUGGAGUGAUGAUGACAUGUUCGAAGAGGACUCUUUCUUGAUGAAGGCUACGCAGGACCCAGGCCUGGAAUCAAAGGGGACCCAAUCAGACAAAAGGGGCAACAAGCGCAAGUCCCAUGAGUUGGAGGAGUCUCAGAGUAAAAUCAGCAAAGUGCGUUCAUCUACCUAUCAGGAGUGUCAAAGUAACAAGACGAAAGGGGAACAAUCAAAGGGUGUUAUUCCAUAUAAAAUGUUACAAGUGGGUAAGGGGAGAUCACCAUCACCAUUCAGGAAAGUGAAGAGUUUUAAUGACAUUGAUCAGGUGGAAACAAAACGUGUGAGUGAUCUUAGACCUCAUAAGGGUCGAAAAUGCUUAUCACUAAGGAAUGUUGAUAAUAUGACAAAACCACAAACAAUCACAAAUCCUGCUGUUAGAUCUGCAGAUGCUCGGUGUGGUAGCACUUUCUCAUAUCAAGCUACUAAAAGUACAAAUAAUUCAGCACUUGACAAAAAACAAUUACUGACACAGGAUUGUCCCUCAGUGGAAAACAGGACAGGUGUAGAUACAAGUAGUCCUUCUAUUUUGAAGAAAAAUGUGUCUUCUACAACUGCUGCUACAAAUAGCAGUGUUGCUAGUGGUGGCAGAAAUUCAAUUUCCACAAAGACCGGAGCUUCUACCCUUCAGCCAGGAAUUAUUGAAGCAUAUUCUUCAGGGCCAAAAAAAACCAGUGGCAAAAGUCCUAUCGUCCCUGUAUAUUCAACAAGUCACAGUGUUAAAGGUCAAAUCAGCAUUUCUAGUAGGACAUAUGUUGUUGCCAAACCUCAAAACACUAAUUCCUGUUCUGUUGGUAAUCGUCAGAGAACUGCGACUCAGAGUCCAAAUCCUGCUGUAGACAAAGGCAUGGCCAACAAAAUAAAUUCUGGAUUGCAUUGUUCAGGUUCAACUGUCUCCAGCACUUCUACGGCUACAACUUCUAGACGUCGAUCUAGUGGAAUGUUCGACACCAGUUUAUCGGAUGAUCUUCUGUGCCAGCUGGCUGAACCAGAUGAGCUUUUGGAUAGCCAGGCUAGUCCAACCACUUACAAUAAUUUAAACCAUAAAUCUCCAAGUGUAAGUACUGUAUCACUCGGAGUGAAACCACAGCAAGGAACAACAAAAUGUGUUAGUGAAUCGUGUGAUAGGCCUGAUGGUACAAAGAAACAAACAAUGACAGGAUUUAAAAAGGUGCCUCAAAGUUCUAGUGUCAACAAAACUAGAUGUGCGGGUGGUAAUAAGGCUCAAACUAAACAGCCCCAUGUGAUCAGUGGCAGUGAGUCGGUCCAUGUUGGGAGUGGUGCAAACUCUGUGAUAAAUCUUAGCCAGGUCCCCUCCACACAGAAAAGUAAAUUCAAAUUUAAAUCCAAAUCUGUGAGCAGUGAAAUGGUUGUGCCAACUUCAGUGUCAACAGUUGCUUCAAAAGUGUCUGUGAGUCUGUCCACAUCUGUCAGUGCCCCAGAGCUCAACAAACUUCAUGCUGCAGCUCCCAAACCAUCAGGUGCUCUGGUAGAUAACAGUGAGGAUUUGUUUAUAUCUGAUGAGGACGAGCUGUCCGAACAGCAGAUCUUGGCCAUGCUUGACACAGUAGAGAUGGAGGCUACUCAGAAGCCCCCAGUACCAGAUGGUCACCGGUGUCCAGAGACUUAUCCAAGUGCUUUCCCAAGCAAAUGCUCUUUAAAUCAAAUUGAGCAGAAAAAACAUGCAGCAAGAGCCAAACUUCAGCAGAAAAAAACAGGUGCUGUGUCUCCAGAAACUCAGUCGUUAAAUGCUAGUCAAACAAAAUCAAGUCCUUCGAAAUAUACUCAGUACGAAAUUGAAAGGAAAAAACAGGCUGCUUUAGAAAAAAGGAGAGUGAAAAUGAAAGAGACUUUACCCGAAAGCUCAAACGUGAUCGAUACACAUAAACAGGAUUGUGAACUUGAUAAACAACAGUGUGUCGGCACAAAAACCUCCAGUACGAUACCGUGUAGCUCUUCAGUUAGUCCCAUCAAGUAUCAACAGGAUAUAGAAAGGAAGCGACUGGCUGCUCUGGAAAAACUGAAACUAAGGGAAGAAGCUGUUAAUAAGUGUGCCAGUACUUUUAGUGACAGAAAUAGUUUGAGCCCAGUGAAAUGCAAACAGGACGAAAUUGAGCAAAAAAAACUGGCAGCAUUGGAAAGACAGAAACAUGCAUCAGGGGAUGUUAUUAAGGUUCGCCAUCAGUCAGAUUCUAGUCCGGGAGUCUCCAGUAGUCAAAGUGCAGAGAGUAGUCCUUUUAAAUGUACACCUGAAGAAAUUGAGAAAAAGAAACUGGCUGCUUUAGCCAAAUUAAAAAUAAAGAGAAACUUAAACAGCCAGUUAUCUAGUAAUAAAGGGAGUCAUUCAAAAACAUAAUAGAAGUACAUAUACAGUAUCAAAUUAAAGAUGAAUAUAUUACAUAUUCUAUUGUUAUAUCUUGUAUUUGCAUUUGUAUAUAUAUACUGUGUAUGAAGUUGUAGGUUUUUGUCGUAAGGUAUGAUGUAUAUGUGCAUGUAUGGCUGAGGUUGUCAGUUAUAUCAACAAGACAUAUGAAGAAAGUACCAAUAUAUACAUGUAUGCAUUGCUAGCUGCAUCACUUUACCUAUCUUUACCAAGGAUUCUGCUCUCUUCUUUACACCCUUGGAAUAUGUCAUGGCAAAAGUGAAAGUAUGGGGGUUAGCUAUUUGAUUGGUUUCAGGUAUAAAAACCUAACCAGUCCCUGGGCUUAAGAUCGAUCACAGAUGAGCGACACCCAACUUUAAAGCUGGUCAACUUUACUGUUAUGCUGCUGCAUGAUUCUUUUGUUAAAUGAUCAUACUAUUCUACUCGAGUCAUCCACAUGAUGGCGCAUACAGAGCCUUCUAUUUUGUCUUGACAUAAUCCGAGGGUGCAGAUAGGAUAUGUGUCUCAAAGAGUAGUUGAAGAAUCUGAUGCACUUUACCAGGCCAUGACUUUUUUUAAACCAGUUCAAUAUUGUUUUUCGAAAAUUUUAAUACAUAUCGGUAAUUAUACAAAUAAUUGUUAUAACUUAUAGGCAGGUGGCUGUUACAGACAGGAGAUAGCAAGAUACAAUUUGGGGUCAUUUUGUUACAAGUCAUGAUCAAGGUCAUUAAAAAUUAUAUCCUCCAAUUUAGUUUAACUGGCUGAUGGAUAAAUUUCCCCACUAUUUCUAAUUAUUUGGUCAGAGGGAUUGUUUAUAGGGGGUAAAACACCUAUUAUAUUUUUCUGGGUCACUCCAUUUAUGAUCGGAGUCAUUAAAGAUUACUUCUUACACAUAUAUUUUGAAUUACAUGGGCCUGUAUUAAAACUAUAUGAAAAUAACUAAUACUGUAUAAUUUAGGUUAUUAUCAUAUUAUGAGGUGUAUAGUACAUGUACAUGUAUUCAAAUAACCUUGUAUACCCAAAAAAAGCUGGGUGUAUUAUACAACUGUGUAAUGUUUUGAAACUAAAAGGUCUUCAAUAUCAGAAAAAAACAGCUACUGGUAGAAUUGUUCAACAUUCCAUAUAGCCACAGUAUAAAUUGAAGCAUCCAAUGGUCUUUCUUUAUCUACAUAUAAUGUGCUACUAAAACAAUUGUUUGACUAGUCGAAUAGUAUAAUGUUGUAUUAUGUAGUAUCAUAGAGGUUCCUUGUACAGAUAAUUUACUGCAGGCAGUAUUAUUCGUGUUGUUAAUAGCUUAGAUUUUUGCACAAUUAAACAAAGCAUUGUUUAGUUUGCUGUUUUGAAAGGGUGAUCUCGAAGAUUUUACUGUAAACUGUUAUAUGUUUCUCUCUCAUAGUUUUAAACCAAAUGACUUUGUCUGAAAAUGUCUGAUUAAGUGAUCAUGAUAUAUUUCAAGUCACUAUUGACGAUCCGCCCAGUUCGAUGUUACAACUUAGGGUGAUAGAGCUAACAGUUUUUUCCCCAUUAACUUUAGAAGAAAGCUUGAUAGAAAUACACUAGUGUUGAGCUUUGAUACUGAAAACGUAGAGGAAAGUGAUAAGUUCCCAUGUUGUGAAUCAAUAAAUGGUGGAAAAGAU